AUGGGAAAUCAAAUCAUGGGCAAAUUCAGGAAAAACAGAUUUCAAGGUUUUUCUGACAAUCAAAUUGAUUAUUUAAGGUACUUAUAACAAUUUAAUUUUAAGUGACAAAUGGUUGUAAAUUGAAAGUAAUGGAGUAAUAGAUCCAAAUAAGUUUGCUGAUCAAUACAAUGUUAGUCAUAAAGAAGCUAUAAAAGUAAUUAAAUCUUAUUAAAAUUAAAUAGAUUAUUAAGUUGAUGGACUUUGAUGACAGUGGUCGUGUUGACUACUAUAAAUUUAAAGUAGGAGUUGCAUCAUUAUGUUAAAAUCCAAUGACAGUAAUCUAAAUAUUAUUAUAAACAUUUAGGCUACAGCAAAAACUAUUUUUGAUCUCUAUGAUGAAGAUAGGGAUAAUAAAUUAGGUCCAAAAGAAGUGGCCAUCUUUUUAACUAGCAUAUUGAAUAAUCUACACUAUUAUGAUGGUUUAGAUGAUCCAACACCUAAAGAAAUUGAAGAAAAAUUACAAUAGUAUUUGGUAAAGUGGGAUCUAGAUAGAGAUGGAGGAUUUGAAUAUGAAGAAUAUACAAAAUUGAUGCAAAAAGAUCCUGAUGUCUUAAAAGUAUUAUAUAAUAUGGGAUUGGCUAAUAAAGAUGAAAUGACAAUUGAAGAAACUUGUUAUAAUGAUAUUGAUAGUGAUAUUGAAAUUGAAAUGGAGAGAAGAUUAUUACCAAGAGAUGAAAGAGUUGAACGUAUUAAAAAUGGAAUUGAACAUACUGUUUCAGCAUAAGCAUCUGAUGAAUUUGGAUUGGAAGAAGAGUAAGUAGUUAUGGAAUGGAAAGAUCAAGCAAAGAGAUUAGAGCCAACCAAAAAACCAGAAGGAAUGGAUGCCUCUCCACCAAAUGCUAUUUUAGAUUUAGAAUAUGUUUAUGGAUAUAGAUGUCAUGAUACUAGAAAUAAUUUAAAAUAUGGAAAUAAAGGAUAAAUUGUAUAUCAUACAGCUGGUGUUGGAAUUGUCUUAGAUCCAAGUAAUAUGAGUUAAAAACACUUUUUGGAACAUAAUGAUGAUAUAUCUUGUUUAGAUAUAUAUGAAAAUUUAGUUUUAACUGGAUAAGUAGGACUUAAUCCAAUGUUAAUGGUUUGGAAUAUUGAUAAUAUGAGAAUGGUUUGUCUUUUUAAUGAUGUAUUAAAAAAUGGUAUAUCUAAUUGUUGUUUUUCAAAUGAUGGUAAAAGUGUAGCUGCUAUUGCAAUGGAUGAUGAUCAUUUUAUGGCUGUCUAUGAUAUUGAAAUAGCAAUGAAUUCAAGAAAAGAUCCAAAAAAUAAAGUAUCUCCUUUAAUUGCUAGUGGAAAAUUAACUAAAUAAGAAAUCUUUGAUAUUAAAUUCUUACCAGGUGAUUGGUAAAUUGUUGUUGCUUGUAUGAAAGAAAUAAGUAUUUGUACAUGGAAAAAUGGUACAAUCUUGGCUGAAAGAGGAGUAUGGAAAGAAUAAUAACCUUAACCAGUCUUGACCAUUGCUAUCAAUGGAGGAUAUAUUGUUACUGGUGUAUUUAAUGGAAAUUUCUUAUGUUGGAAGAAAAACAUUUGUGUUAAAAGUGUCAAAGCUCAUGCUACUCCAGUCAAAGCUAUCAUGACAAGAUCAGCUGGUAGAGGAAUUAUAUCUGCUGAUAAGAGAGGUAUUAUUAUGGGUUGGGAUCCUUAAUUUAAUAAAGUAUUUGAAAUUGACACCAAAGAUUUACCACUCAAAUUAAGUUAUCCACCUAAAGGUUCACCUAAUGUUAUUUCUGUAUGUGAAAGUCCUGAUGGUAAAAUAUUGUUUGGUACCAGAAGAUCAGAAAUUGCAGAAAUUCUUAGUUAUGAAGAAGGUUAAAAAAUAUAAUGUAAAUUACUUAUGUAAGGACAUUUCAAUGGAGAAUUAUGGGGAUUAGAUACACAUCCAACUUAGAAUAUAUUUUAUACAGUUGGAGAAGAUGAAAUGUUAGCUAUGUGGGAUGUUAAAUAGAAAAAAUUACUUAAAACAACACCUAAUUAAUAUGCUAGUAAAACAUUGAGUGUUAGUCAAAAUGGAAAAUGGAUUGCUACUGGUUGUUCUAAUGGAAGAGUAUUUAUUUAUGAUGCAAGUUCUUUAAAAAAAUUAUAAGAAAUCACUGAAGUUGUUGAUCCUGAUAAAGAAAUCAUUUCUUUAAUCAAAUUCUCACCAAAUAAUGAACUAUUGUGUGUUUGUUAUAAACCACCAUUUUCUGAAAUUGCCUUUUAUUCAACAAAAACAUGGAAAAAAUAAAGUAAAAUACCUAAUUGCAAAUAUCAUGUAUUUACUUUAGAUUUCUCUGCUGAUAGUAAGUUUAUCUAAUUGAAUACAAGUAAUUAUACUAUUGAAUUCUAUGAUGUAAAUUCAGCAUAACCAGUAUAAUUUGAAAUUGCUAAAGAAAUUUAAUGGUUCACUUGGACUUGUAUUUAUGGAUGGUAAGUAUAAGGAAUAUGGCCAGAUUGUUCUGAUGGUGAUGAUGUUAAUGCUACUGAUAGAUCUAAGGAUGGUAAAUGUUUAGUUUCUUGUGAUGAUUUUGGUAAACUUAAAUUAUUUAAAUAUCCUUGUCCUAAAGAAAAAAGUGGAUGUAUUAAAUAUACAGGACAUUCCUCAUAUGUUUGUGGAGUCAAAUUUACAAAUAGUGGUGAACACAUCAUAUCAGUGGGAGGUGAUGAACUAUCAAUAUUUUAAUGGAGAUAUAUCUUUUCACCCUCUAGAUUAGAUGUUUAAGAUAUACAAGAUGAACCUGAAAAAGUUGAAGAAAAUGCUGGUGGAGCAUUAUUUGAAUAAGAAGAGUUGGAUAAAGGUGAUAUGAUAGGAGCUGUCAAACCAUUUUUAGGUGAAGUAUAACAUUCAGUUCCAUCAUGGUAUAAACCAAAUAAGGCUAGAGAUAAUUAAGAACCAAAAGGCAAUUUGUCAUUAUAUCAUGUUCAUGGAUUCAGAUUCUUUUAUAUUUUGGAUGAAUGCAGAGAUAUGUUAGGUUGGACAGAUAAAAAUAAAGUUGUUUUUGUAUCAGCUGCUUUAGGAGUUGAAGUAGAUCCUAAAACUUAAUAAUAAGCAUUCUUUAAUAAACAUGAAGAAGAUAUAGUUAGUUUUGCUUUACAUCCAAAUAGAAAUAUAGCAGCCACAGGAUAGAUGGCAUAGGCAGGUAAAGCUAAAUGUAUUGAUAUUUUUGUUUGGGAUAUUGAUUCAAAGGAAGUGUUAGCUAAUUUUAAUCAAUUUCAUUUAAGGGCCAUAGUGUUGUUGAAAUUUUCACCAGAUGGUUCUUUAUUAUUAACUGUUGGUUAAGAUGAUGACAAUUCAUUAGCUAUAUAUGAUUGGUAAGGAAAAAGAUAAAUUUGUACAUCAAAUAUAGAUAAGGCAAAGGUUAAUGGAGCAGCUUGGAAGGAUAAUGAAGAAUUUGUAACAGUUGGUAAUAAACACAUAAAGUUUUGGAAAAUAAGUGGUCGUAAUGUAUAAGGAAAGAUGGGUUAAUAAUAAGGUAAAUUUGAAUCUUAAUUCUCUGUUGUUUAUGCUUUUGACAAUCAAGUUAUAGUUUCAGGAGGAGGUAGUGGAACAUUAUUCUGUUGGAAAGGUGGCAGUAGUGAUAAAGGUAUCAAAGGUCAUGAAGGUAAAGUGUGUUCAUUUAUUAUGGAUAAGCCAAAAAAAUUAUUAUAUUCUGGUGGAUUAGAUGGUAAAGUAGUAUCCUGGGGUUAUGAAGGAGGAUAAUUAGUUAAGAAAUAGGAAAUUAUCAAUUUAGCUACUAAUCCAUUAUUUCCACCUGGUGUUGUUGCCAUGGAUUACAAUGAAAAAACUUAAUAAUGGUUAUUUGGUACAAAUGGUGCAUAAAUAUUUUCAUAUGAUCCAACAAAAAAAUAAACUAGUAUUGUAGUUUAAGGUCAUUUUGGUGAAGAAUUAUGGGGAGCAUGUGCUGCUCCAACUGGACAUAAAUAUGUUACAGGAGGUGGUGAUAAGACAGUUAGAGUUUGGGAUAUAGAUUAAAAGAAAAUGAUUUGUGUUAGUAAACCAUUUCCAAGUGAAGUUAGAGCUGUUGAUUGGUCAACUGAUGGUAAAUUUAUAGUUUGUGGUGAUCUUAAUGGAUUUUUAUAUCUAUUAGAUCCAAAUACAUUACAAGUGAUGGAUACUGCUAAGACUAUCUUUACUACUAUGCCUAAGAGAUAAUCUACAUAUUGGAUUGAUGAUUUAAAGAUAUCACCUGAUUGUAAAAAGGUAGCAUUUGGUGCUCAUGGUGGUGCAUCACAUUUAGAAGUUUGGACUAUUGAAUAUCCUAAAUUUGGUAAAUAAGGAACUAAGAUUUAAUGUGGUUUAACAUCUGCCUUGACUGCAUUAGAUUGGUCAGUUGAUUCAUCUAUUGUAAUUGUUAAUAGUGGAGCAUAUGAACUUAAAUAUGUUGAUGUAAAUGCUAAGAAAAAUCAACCUUCAUCUAGUUAAGCUAACACAGAGUUUGCUACAUGGACUUGUAAAUUAGGUUGGCCUGUUUAAGGUAUUUUCCCAUCUGCUGAUUACAGUGAUGUAAAUACUGUAUGUAGAAGCAAUAGCAAAAAAUACUUAGUAUCAGGUGAAGACACUCAACAUGUUGUCUUGAUGAAUUAUCCUGUUGUUGUACCAAAAUAAAAGAGAAAAGAAUAUAUUGGGCAUUCUUCACAUGUAAUGAGAGUAAGAUUUACAUGUGAUGAUAAUUUUNAUGCAUUUGACAAUCAAGUAAUAGUUUCAGGAGGAGGCAGUGGAACAUUGUUCUGUUGGAAAGGUGGCAGUAGUGAUAAAGGUAUCAAAGGUCAUGAAGGCAAAGUGUGUUCAUUUAUUAUGGAUAAGCCAAAAAAAUUAUUAUAUUCUGGUGGAUUAGAUGGUAAAGUAGUAUCCUGGGGUUAUGAAGGAGGAUAAUUAGUUAAGAAAUAAGAAAUUAUCAAUCUGGCUACUAAUCCACUCUUUCCACCUGGUGUUGUUGCUAUGGAUUACAAUGAAAAAACUUAACAAUGGUUAUUUGGUACUAAUGGUGCUUAGAUAUUCUCUUAUGAUCCAACCAAAAAAUAAACCAGUAUUGUUGUUUAGGGUCAUUUUGGUGAAGAAUUAUGGGGAGCUUGUGCUGCUCCAACUGGACACAAAUAUGUUACAGGAGGUGGUGAUAAGACAGUUAGAGUUUGGGAUAUUGAUUAAAAGAAAAUGAUUUGUGUCAGUAAACCAUUUCCAAGUGAAGUUAGAGCUGUUGAUUGGUCAUCUGAUGGUAAAUUUAUAGUUUGUGGUGAUCUUAAUGGAUUUGUAUAUCUAUUAGAUCCAAAUACAUUACAAGUUAUGGAUACUGCUAAGACUAUCUUCACUACUAUGCCUAAGAGAUAAUCUACAUAUUGGAUUGAUGAUUUGAAGAUAUCACCUGAUUGUAAAAAGGUAGCAUUUGGUGCUCAUGGUGGUGCAUCACAUUUAGAAGUUUGGACUAUUGAAUAUCCUAAAUUUGGUAAAUAAGGAACCAAAAUUUAAUGUGGUUUAACAUCUGCCUUAACUGCAUUAGAUUGGUCAGUUGAUUCAUCUAUUGUAAUUGUUAAUAGUGGAGCUUAUGAACUUAAAUAUGUUGAUGUAAAUGCCAAAAAAAAUUAACCUUCGUCUAGUUAAGCUAACACAGAGUUUGCUUCAUGGACUUGUAAAUUAGGUUGGCCUGUUUAAGGUAUUUUCCCUUCCGCUGAUUACAGUGAUGUCAAUACUGUAUGUCGAAGUAAUAGCAAAAAAUACUUGGUAUCAGGUGAAGAUACUCAACAUGUUGUCUUGAUGAAUUAUCCUGUUGUUGUACCAAAAUAAAAGAGAAAAGAAUACAUUGGACAUUCUUCACAUGUAAUGAGAGUUAGAUUUACAUGUGAUGAUAAUUUUUUGAUUUCAGUUGGUGGAAAUGAUAAAUCAGUUAUUGUAUGGAAAACAGAUUUUGGAAGUGCUUAAGGAAAAGUUGAAUAAGCUAAUUUAUAAGAAUUGUGUAAGGAAGAAGGAGCAGAUGAUAUUGAUAUGCCUGUUAAAAAGAAGAAGGCAUAACCACCUCCUAAAAAGUAAAUAUAACAAGAUGAAAAUUCAGUAUUCUCACAAGAGGAAACUGAUGAAGGAGAUUAAUUUAUGGCAUGUAAACCAUGGAUGGGAGCAAUUAAAGAACCAACAUAUCAAUAUUAUUAAAGUAAAACAGAAGGACAUAAACCACCAAAAUGUGAUUUGGAAAUUGAGUAUGUACAUGGUUAUCGUACAAAAGAUAUGAGAAAUAAUUUAUUCUUUUUAGCAAAUGGCUAAGUAUUAUAUAAUGCAGCUGCAUUAGGAAUAGUUUUAGAUGUUGGUAGUAAUACCUAAACUUAUUUCAAUAAACAUGAAGAUGAUAUUACAGCAAUAGAUUUGAAUCCUGUUGAUAGAAUGACAGUAGCUACUGGUGAAUUAGGUGCUAAACCAAAUAUUUUUGUUUGGAAUGCUGAGACAAAAGAGGUGAAAUGCUAAUUCAAAGCUCCAUUAUAGAAGGGUAUAAUAGCAAUGGCAUUUACUCCAAAUGGAAAAAGAUUAGUUGCUGGAGCUGUAGAUGUUGAUCAUUCAUUGGCAGUUUUUGAUGUAAGUGGAAAAGGAGCAGUAUUAUGGUCAGAUAAGAGUGGACCAGAUGUUAUUGUUGAUUUAAGAUGGAAUACAGAUGAUGCAUUUGUAACAGUAGGUGUUAAACAUUAUAAAUGUUGGAAAUAUGAUAAUGGGAAGUGUUAAGGAAAGAAAGGAUAAUUUGGAAAGGGAGCAAGUAAUAACUUAUCUGGAAUUGCUAUUAAUGGAAAUGAUACAUUAUGUGGAGCUGCAGAUGGAUGUAUAUAAGUAUGGAAAGGAGAAGCAUUUAUGAAACCAUUACCUAGUAAACAUGCUCAAAUUUGUGAUUGUAUUACAGUUACACAAGAUUAUGUUUUCUCAGGAGGAAGAGAUGGAGUAUUCUUUGUUUUAAGUAAAAAUUAUGAAGAAAUAUUGGCUGUGAAAGUAAAAGAAAAGUGUCCAGAUUCUGUAUGUCCUAGUGUAAGAGCUAUCUAUGCUGAUUUACCUAAUUCAAAAUUAUUGAUUGGAACAUUAGGUAGUGAAAUUUAUUAAUUCUCUUGGGAUGGUGGUGCUAUUAAUAGUUAAACAGACUUUUAGGUAACAAAUUUAAUGAGAGGUCAUUU